AUGGAAUACAGCGAUGAUGACGACAUCGACGUUGAGGAAAUUCUGAAACAGGCUGAAAAUAUCGAAUGCGUAGACGAAAGCAGUAUAAAAAAAUUAGCAACAGUAUUGAAGAAAAAAAAGAGCAAAAAUGAACGAGACAGAAUGGAAUACCCAGACAACCCCGAAAAGUGGGUGAUGAGUGAAGUAGAUUUAGAUGAAAUAUUAGUAAAUAUAAAAAACCUAAGUGUUUGUUCAAAUUUGUACAUUAGUAUGGUUGAAAGCGAAAUAUUGGGAGAUAUAAUUGAUUUGCUAAACCACCCGAAUAAUGACAUUGUAAUUGAGGUUAUAGAUAUUAUUAAAGAAAUAACAAACCCAUCGAACAUGUACGAAUUAAAUAAAAAAGAAAAUGAUGUAAUUGUGGAAUAUUUGAAUAAAAAAAAAUUAUGUCAUUUUAUUAUAAAUAUAUUAGAGAAAGUAAAUGAAGAAGAAAAUGAAGAGUAUUACAAUGCCAUGUCUUCUAUUUUAAACAUUUUUGAAAAUAUAUUUGAACUAGAAAAUAGCUUGCAAAAUGAUUUAUUGACAAAUUCGAAACUUUUAUUCUUUCUUUUAAAAAGAAUAGACACAGAUUUGAAAAAUGACGAUUCAAAUUCUCUAAGCGCAAGUGAAAUAUUAGUUUUACUGAUUUUGAGAAUUAAUCAAUUUUCUCAAAAUAUAUAUGAUGAUUUUUAUUAUACCAUUUCCAUUUUUAAUUCACUUUUGAAAUAUAUUUCCAAAUAUAAAGAAAAAGAUCCCCCAAAUGUUAAUAAGAAAGAAAUCUUACUUAAUGUUUUUCAAGCAUUAGGAAAUUUAUUACUUAUAAAUGACAAUAUUAAUGUAUUUAAUAGUACGAAUGGUCUUGAACUAAUGUUAAAAUUAUUGAGUGAAAGAAAAUUCCUUUGUUUUCCUGCUCUUAAAAUAUUUGCUAUUACUCUUAAUGAUAAAGAAACUUGUAACAAAUUUGUAGAAUUGAACGGAUUGAAAUAUUUAUUUUGUUUAUUUAUGUUAAGAAAUAUUAAGAAAAGCAAAAUUCGCAUAUUCGAAUUUGAAGAAAAUAUGAUUACCGUCAUUUCCAAUUUAUGUUUACACUGCACGGACACAUGUCUUGGUAGAGUUCUCAACAAAUUUGGAGAAAAGAAAUGUGAAAAAAUAGUUCGUUUACUAGAAAUUAGACAGAAAUAUAAUGAAAUUAUUAUGAAUGAAAAUAAAAAAAAAAAACCAAAAUUAUUAGUAAAUGAAAAUUUGCAAAAAAUGAAUAUUCAAAUAGAUGAUGAUUGUAGGAAAAAUUUGGAAUAUUUUGAAUUAUGUGACAAGGGUUAUCUCGUUUAUCAGUUAACUGAUAUUAUUUUAAUAGCUCUUUUUUUUAUGAACAAUUCUUAUAUAUCAAAUAAUAUUUUUAUUCACUUGUACACUAGGAAUAUUGACAUACAAUCUAUAUAUGAAAAUAUAUUGGGUAAUCCACUGUUCCUGUAUUUGUAUCGUUUGUGUUCUUUCGUCUCCCUAUUUACUGUUCUACAUAUAUAA